AUGCGCUUCUUCCGGAUUGGCAUCGUCGGCCUCGCCGCCGUCGGCGUAUCGACGGCGGCGCCGGUGGUGAUGGAGGCGAGCGCCGCAGUGCCACCAGCACACAUGACGCUCUCCUCUGCCCUGCAUCUUCGCGACCUGUACGGCUUCCUCGCCAACGCAGCACUGGCGGCACCAGCGAGCUUCGCCGCUAAGCCGUGCAAGGGCAAGAAGUGCCCGCCGGCCAAGAAGCCCGCUCCGCCGCCACCUGCACCGCCAGCCUGCACUCCCGCACCGGCACCCGCGACGACGUUCGGCAAGAACUGCCCGCCACCCGGCACGCCCAACGACGGCAUGUACCGUCCCGGCUGCCAAGGCUACGGGCGACGAGACGUGCGCGCCCGCGCAGAGCUCGCUGAUCUGGCCAUGAUGAGCGCAGAGGCUGGCUCGGCAGGCGCUAAGUGCCCGCCGGCAGGCACACCAAACGACGGCGUGUAUCGGCCAGGAUGCCCCGGCUUCGGCCUGGCAGAGAGCGCCGCCUUUGCCCUGACCACCGCAUCGCAGAAGGCACGCUGCCCAGCACCAGGAACGCCCAACGACGGCAUCUACCGGCCAGGAUGCGCGGGCUAUGGACGCCGGCGCGAUGUGCAGGACAGCGAGACAGACAGCGAGGACGACAGCGCGCUCAGCGAUGCCGCGCCAGAGGACGACUCGCCGGACAGUGCCGGCAACAUCUUCCUCGCCGCCACGUCUGGCCUGGCCGCACCGACAGGCACGGACGCCUCGGCCGGCUCGCCGGCUGACGCGCUGAACCUCUCGGCUCCGCUCCGCUCCAUGCUCUCGAAGAUCGCCGACCUCCUGGACCAAGUGACGUCGAUCCAGACGACCGGUCUGCUCGGCGGCACCAACUCGACGACAUCCUCCUUCCCGGCCAAGCAAUUGCUGUCCAGCGCUUCUUCUGACGAGGAGGAGAGCUCGGAUACCGAGGACAGCUCGGAUGCCGACGCCUCGCUGGUCGCCGACACGGACGCACCUGUCGACGCAGACGCGCCCGCAGAUGCCGAUUCCGACAGCUCGACAUCGGUGAUCAAGACGACCAAGUCCUCGAAGAGCGCCUCGCCCGAGCUGCCGCCGAAGGCCGCCUGGUCGCAAACAACCGUGAUCAGCACAGUCAAGCAGGGCGCGGCACCGUCUGACUCAAGCGAGGCAGACACUAGCGACAGCGACAGCGACGGCUCAAGUAGCGGCGUCUCGGAUGCGGUGAACGCAGCAACGGCGCUCUCGCAGUCCGACCGCCGCCGCUCCGUCGCCGCCUCGACUUCAAGCCAGGACAGGCACGCACGCGGCCUCGACGCCACGGCUGCAGUACGCUCCGGCACGGCACACAACGAGUGGCUCUCGCUGUGGGCCAAGGUCCAGAACGCACACUCCGCCUCCGAGGCAGCGUCGCACGCCCGUGCUCUUCUGCGCCGCCAGCUGAGCGGUGACGACGCAUCGAGCGACGCAGCAGUCGCCAGCAGCGGCGACGGCAGCGCAGACAGCGACAGCAGCAGCAGCACCAGCAGCAGCAGCAGCAGCGACGCAGCAGGAUCCAGCGACGGUCUCGGCUUGACCGGCGACUCGAGCAGCGCAGACACCCCUCCGGCCGGCAGUAUCUGGGAGGCAUACGCCACCGAGGACCCUGCGGUGUUCGAGACGCUCGGCCGCGCAUUCCUGACCGCCGUCGCAAACAUUGCGGCUCAGGGCUCCGUCGACUCGUCCGAGUGA